AUGUCUACCAUUGACAUCGUUCUCGGCGCCCAGUGGGGCGACGAGGGCAAGGGAAAGCUGGUUGACGUUCUUGGACGCGACGCGCAGAUUUGCGCCAGAGCUCAGGGCGGACACAAUGCCGGCCACACCGUCAUCGCCGAUGGUGUUAGCUACGACUUCCACCUUCUCCCCUCCGGUCUCCUCCACCCCAAGUCCCUUUGCCUGAUUGGCUCCGGUGCCGUUGUUCACGUCCCGACCUUCUUCAAGGAGAUGGCCGACCUCGAGGCCAAGGGCUUGAAGAACAUCCGCGAGCGUCUCCUCGUCUCCGACCGAUGCCACAUCAUCACCGACUGCCAUAUCCAGGUCGAUGGUCUCGAGGAGCAGGAGCUGGGCGGCAACAGCAUCGGCACCACCAAGCGUGGUAUUGGCCCGACUUACAGCACCAUGGCCGCCCGCAACGGUAUCACCAUCAGCGAGAUGUUCGACCAGGAGGUCUUUGAGCGCAAGUUGACGCAACUCGCCAACGGUUUCAAGAAGCGUUUUGGCGACCUCCUGGUCUACGAUCUCGAGGAUGAGAUCAAGCGCUUCAAGCAGUACAGAGAGGAUCUCCGUUCCUUUGUUGUUGACGCCGUCCCCAUGAUAGCCGACGCGCAAAAGAACAACAACAAGAUUCUCGUCGAGGGUGCCCAGGCUGUCAUGCUUGACUUGAACUUUGGAACCUACCCCUUCGUUACAUCAUCCAACACUGGCCUUGGCGGUGUUUUCACUGGCCUCGGCCUCAACCCCCGCAAGAUCAACAACAUCGUCGGUGUUGUCAAGUCCUACACCACCCGUGUUGGUGGCGGUGGUUUCCCCACAGAACAGGUCAACGAGGUUGGCGAGAAGCUCCAGAAGAUCGGCCACGAAAUUGGCGUCUCUACCGGUCGCUCUCGCCGCUGUGGCUGGCUUGACCUUGUCGUCGUCAAGUACUCGACGCAGCUCAACCACUACACCGCUCUCAACCUUACCAAACUCGACAUUCUCGACACCUUCCCCACCAUCAAGGUCGCUGUCGCCUACAAGGACCCCGGCACUGGCGAGGAGCUUCCCUCUUUCCCCGCUGAUCUCAAGGUGCUUGAGAAGGCCGAGGUCGUCUACAAGGAGCUCGAGGGCUGGAACUCGCCCACAACGGGCGCCAAGACGUACUUCGAUUUGCCCAAGCAGGCGCGUGCGUACAUCGAGUUCAUCGAGGAGUUCACGGGUGUCAAGGUCGUCUGGAUCGGCACUGGCCCCAAGAGAGAGGACCUUAUCUUCCGCGGGUACUAG